UCGCCCGCCCUUCGGCCCCCCCCCUUUCACGUUCACUCUGUCUCUCUCUCUAUCUCUGCCCCCCUCUGUCCUGGAUACAACAGCUGACCUCAUUUCCCGAUACCCUUCCCCCCCUAAAGUACAACAUCUGGCCCGCCCCAGCCCACAGAAGGCCCGUCCUCCCCAAACGAUCAGCGGAUACUCCCCCCCCCAAAAAAAGCCAUCCCCCCGUUCUGACCCGUCGCACAUUCGGCCCCGGCGACUCGGCCAGAGCGGCGCUGGCAGAGGAGUGUCCGGCAGGAGGGCCUUCGCCCGCUGCCCGGUUCGCAUAUCACGCAGCAGGGAGGUGUGCGGCAGCUGUGCCGGCUUCAAGAUACCAUGGCGCUUCCAGUGGGGAAGUCGAUGCUGGUGCUGCUUACCUUCUUGGCCUUCGCCUCGUGCUGCUAUGCUGCUUACCGCCCCAGUGAGACCUUGUGCGGCGGGGAGCUGGUGGACACCCUCCAGUUCGUCUGUGGGGACCGCGGCUUCUACUUCAGCAGACCAGCCGGCCGAGCGAGCCGUCGCAGCAGCCGGGGCAGUGGCAUUGUGGAGGAGUGCUGCUUCCGCAGCUGCGACCUGGCCCUUUUGGAGACCUACUGUGCCACCCCCGCCAAGUCCGAGAGGGAUGUGUCGACUCUCCCGACCGUGCUUCCGGACAACUUCCCCAAGUACCCCGUGGGCAAGUACUUCAACUCCGGGGCCUGGAUGCAGUCCUCCCAACGCCUGCGCCGGGGCCUGCCCGCCCUCCUGCGGGUCCGUCGCGGUCACAUGCUGGCCAGGGAGUUGGAAGCCUUCAAGGAGGCCAAGCGUCAACGGCCCUUGAAUGCCCUGGCCACGCACGACGCUGCUGCCCACGGGGCCGCCUCGGCCGAGGCGCCCAGCGAUCGGAAGUGAGCCAACCUGAGUGAUUCUGCGGAGCGGCCCCACCCUCCUCCUGCCUCCUGACUGGACUUACCACCAGGUCCCGGGACUUCCCAUCAGGUCCCCCGAGCCUCUCUGCGCCGUCCUCCUCCCAGCGCGCCCCCCCGCCCCCUGCCCCAACCUCCCCAUGUCAGGCUACACCCCUCGGCCCCCUCCAUCGGCCUGAGGGCGUCACCCCGACAGCCUAAAACAUGUGCAAACCCAAUUGGCUUAAAAAAUCCCCCCAAAUUAACCCCUAAAAUAUCCCCCCAAUAACCCCCCCAAAUUAUUCAACAGCCUCAAAAUGUACAAACCCAAUUGGCUUUGAAUAUCCCCCCCAAAUUACCCCCUCAGGGAUAUUCAACAGCCUAAAAAAAGUACCAAACCAAUUGGCUUUAAAUACCCCUCCCCAAAAUCCCCCCCAAAUUAUUCAACAGCCUCAAAAUGUACAAAACAAAUUGGCUUUAAAUAUCCCCCCAAAUUAUUCAACGGACUGAAAAUGUACAAAACCAAUUGGCUUCAAAUAUCCCCCCAAAUUAUUAAACCAAAUUAUUCAAGAAAAUUAUCUGCCCAAAUUAUUCAGUAAAACUAUUCGGCCAAACUAUUCAACCAAAUUAUUCAACCAAACCAUCACUCCAAAUUAUACAAUAAAAUUUAAACCUCAUACACACACACACACACACACACACACACACACACACAUACACACACACACACACACACACACACACACACCAAGCCCCUAAAACUAGUGGGCUUUUUACAAACACCACAAACUCCAAUUGGCCUAAAAAAAAACCCCAAAAAACAAAAAAUCCCUAAAAAACUCAAUUGGCUGCAAACACACUAAAAAACUAAUUGGCUUAAAAACAAUUGGCAAGUAAAAGAAUUCGGCCCCCCCCCCCCUCCGUCUCCUCCCCUAGGACCUCGGGUCAAAUUGGCCUUGGGCUCGAGUCCUUGACCGUCCAGGAGACAGGAGGGACCCAAUUCCCAGGUGGGCAUGUCCUUGCUCCAGCGCCUCCUGCCCCAGACCGGGCACUCUCAGCGCCAACUGGCCUCCCCCCAGCCCCAGCCUGGCCUCGGCUCGGCUCUCACCGUCACCCACCACCGCCACCUGAGACCAGAGGAGGGAAGGGACAUGAAAACCUAAAUUGGCAGCAAUGACAUUUAAUUGGCACGAACCCCAAAGUCCAUCCUGUAAAAACCCCCACACCCCCAAAUCUUAACAUCAAUCCCCACAUAAAACACACACACACACAAACACACACACACACACACACA